GCGGCGGCUGAGGGAGGUGGAACGGGAGGGAAAGGGAGAGAAGAGGGGAAGGAAGAGAGAGCGGGCCGCGAUGCCGCUGUACGAGGGGCUCGGCAGCGGCGGGGAGAAAACCGCCGUGGUGAUCGACCUGGGACAGGCCUUUACCAAGUGUGGGUUUGCAGGAGAAACAGGACCAAGAUGCAUCAUCCCCAGUGAAAUCAAGAAACCUGAUGUCUCAAAGCCUGUCAAGGUGGUGCAGUAUAACAUCAACACAGAAGAGCUGUAUUCCUAUCUGAAGGAAUUUAUCCACAUGCUGUAUUUCAGGCAUCUGCUGGUGAAUCCCAGGGACCGGCGUGUUGUGAUCAUAGAGUCGGUCCUGUGCCCUUCACACUUCAGGGACACACUCACCAGGGUCCUCUUCAAGCAUUUUGAGGUACCUUCUGUUUUGUUUGCUCCAAGUCACCUGAUGUCUCUCCUGACACUUGGGAUCAACUCUGCCAUGGUGCUGGACUGUGGAUAUGCAGAAAGCUUGGUGCUGCCUAUCUAUGAGGGAAUUCCAAUCCUGAGCUGCUGGGGUUCCCUUCCCCUGGGAGGAAAGGCCAUCCACAAGGAGCUGGAGUAUCAACUGCUGGAGCAGUGCACAGUGGAUACAGGACUGGCCAAAGGACAAAGCCUUCCCUCCGUGAUGGGCUCAGUCCCAGAAGACAUAGUAGAGGAUAUAAAAGUCCGCACUUGCUUUGUGAGUGAUCUCCAACGGGGACUGAAAAUCCAGGCAGCCAAAUUCAACAUUGAUGGCAGUGCUGAGCGUCCCUCACCGCCUCCAGACGUGGACUAUCCUUUGGAUGGAGAAAAGAUUCUCCAUGUAGUUGGCCCCAUCAGAGACUCUGUGGUAGAAAUCCUCUUUGAACAGGAUAAUGAAGAGACAUCUGUUGCCACUUUGAUCUUGGAUUCACUUGUUCAGUGCCCAAUAGACACCAGGAAGCAGCUGGCAGAGAACCUGGUGGUGAUCGGGGGCACAGCGAUGCUCCCGGGGUUCCUGCACAGGCUCAUGGCUGAGAUCAGACACCUGGUGGAGAAACCCAAAUACAAGGAGGCACUUGCCACUAAAACCUUCAGGAUUCACACUCCCCCUGCCAAACCCAACUGCGUGGCCUGGCUGGGAGGAGCCAUUUUUGGAGCACUCCAGGACAUCCUUGGGAGCCGCUCUGUGUCCAAGGAAUAUUACAGCCAGACAGGCCGCAUUCCCGACUGGUGCUGCCUCAACAACCCCCCUCUGGAAAUGAUGUUUGAUGUUGGAAAAGCACCCCCACCACUGAUGAAAAGGGCUUUUUCCACAGAGAAAUAAGCACCUAAAUAUCACACAAGGAUUCUGCCCCAUUUCAACUACAUCCAUGUGCAUUGGGGUUUGUUUUUUGUUCAUUAAUUUGUGUGUAACACCAUUAAAUAAGAGCAACGUGGGUGUUGUCAGGGAAUAGGCACUAACACUAUUUAAAACCCUGUCCAGUUAUAGUUUACAGACUUAACUCUGGCAACUCCUCUGCUCUUUUGUCUUGUUUUGGAGAAAUUCUGUCCUCUCACGAGCUGUUCCCUACUGAGUUGUUCAUUAUUUAUCUGUAUAGUAAAUGGCAUUGCUGAGA